UCUUUAGUUAAUACUAUCUAUCACGAUAACAUGAGUGCCUCAGCAAAUAAAGAAUUUAAAGACAUACCCACAAAAUAUAUCGACCCACUCGCACCUAAGGAUGUUGGUGAGGGAUACCGUGUGAAUGGUAAGGAAUGGAAAAUCAAGAAAGAUGCCUUUCGUGUGAAAACUAUUGGUGUUACUAAAUUAAGCACAUUCCAAUUACGUGAACAAAAGAGACUUGAAGAAAAGCAAUACAAGACCCGUUUGAAUGACUUGAAGAAGGAAAAGGAUGAUACCAAGCAAGCACGUAUAGCCGACUUGAAGAGAAGAAGAGAAAUCAAGGAAGAAAAGGAAAGAUACACAAAGAUGGCUGAAAAGAUGCAUGCCAAGAAGGUGGAACGUAUGAGAAAGAGAGAAAAGAGAAACAAGUUGUUGAAGGAACGUUAAGUGUAUACGUUCUGAUAUUAGCUUUGAAAUGGUGGUGGUGGUUGGAUACUAGUCAGUCUAAGACUCUAGUUGCAUUGGCAUAAAUGAUAGAAAAAAGAGAAAAAAAGAAAGAAAAACAAAUGCAUGGAAAUAUUUUGAAAAGAAACAGCCUUAGGAAAUUACUUUUUUUUUGUUGACUCUUAAUUGAACGUUCCUUUCAUUCGAUAUCUCCAUAAAUUGUAUUUAGAGAAAAGAAAAGAAUGAAUAACGGGGAGG